AUGGCAACACCGACCUUACCACUAGACUGGACUCCAACUCAAGCAGGAUGUCUAUCGUCCACCGAUAUUUGGAUAUGGGACUAUCACACGAAUACCGACGACAUGCGCACUGUGCUUGGAGGACCCUCGCAAACGACAGCGUGCUUCCCGCUUCCGUGGGUAUCGACCGGCGCCGCCUACCAUUUCAGCUGUGUCCCUGCAGAAUGGUCGACAAAACCCCAUGAAUCAUUAUUCCCCUGCGUCUCGGAAUAUGCAUAUACGGGAGCAAGUACUGUCACCGUGACGGAUUUCUUUGUCCAGACAUCUACCAUGCAAGUCGCAAGUUUUGGUCCUGGCCACCACUUGUUCGCUCUGGGCAUGGUUUACAUUUCGUCGGCCUUAGCUACAUCAACCGCUUCCAGCUUGUCCAGCUUAUACACGAACUCGCCGCUCUCGUCCUUGUCUACGCCCCAAACACCCAUUGUAUCCGGUAAAUCUGCUCUCGCCGUCUCGCCUGCAAGUACUACUAUUCCCGGCCCCUCGUCGACGAGUUCUUUCCACCUCUCGACUGCGGACACGAUCGCCUUGGCUGUUGGGAUCCCCAGCGCGUUGGGGACCGUAGCCAUGGCAUAUUUUGCCUGGAAGAAGUAUUCGUUCAAGAGGGUGGGAAUCCACCUCAUUAGAUAG